AUGUCCACAGGCCACCCCUACCCCGUCUCCCACAAUCGCGCCUCGUACUCAGCCUCCGCCUCAUACCCAUCCGCCUCCACCCCCAGCUCUGCCUACCCGUACCCCUCCUACUCCGCCCGGAGCCCCAGCUACGACGCCAGCCACGCCCGCCCCGAUCCCGCCGCGUCCUACUCCUCGCUCUCCGGCACCUUCCACCACGCCGAGCACGACCCCGCCUCGUCCCAGCACUACCCCGGCUCCGCGCGUGCCGACGCUUACGCGCAGCCGCACCAGCCGCACCCGCGCGAGCAGCUCUGGCAGUACGCGCCGCCCGUCGAGGCCCCGCGCGCGCGGCUCGAGCACCCCGCGCUCGAGGGGAGCCCCACGCGGGAGUACCAGCACCACCCCCACCACGGCCCGCUUUCGUCGCACGCGGCCCCGCUCGCGGGACCCGGCAGAUCGCCCACGUCCGGCCGGCGCAGGGACAAAGCCCGGCUCGAGCUCGCCGCGGACCAGCCGCUGACGACGCAGGGCAAGCAGCGGACGCGCGUGUACGUCGCCUGCGUCCAAUGCCGCGGCCGAAAAAUCCGCUGCGACGGCGCGAAGCCCGUGUGCCACAACUGCAGUCGGCGGUCGGAGAACCCGCAGCUGUGCAACUACGACGCCGCGCCGAAGCGGCGGGGGCCCGACAGGGUGCCCGGCGCGCGCCAGCGCGGGAUCCCGGGCCAGACGGGGGAGCGGCCCCCACGACGGCGGCGGCGCCCGCCGCCCCCGGACGCGGCGGGGUACGGCGCGGCGGGGAGCGUGAGCGCGAGCGCGAGCCCGGUGGACGUCAAGUCGGUGCACUUCAGCCCGACCUCGCCCGGUGCGUAUAUGGCCGACGCGGCCGGGCAGCAGCACCAGCACCAGCACCAGCACGCGACGGAGCACAUCCCCUCGAUCUCCGGACACGGGCAGUACGGCGGGAGGCAUCGACAGGACAUACCUGAGCUCGUCGGACGCUCGGCGCUGCCCGGUGGUCUGGGCACGCACUAUGCUCAGCACCAUGAUUUCUCGACUGUAUACCCCGGCGGUGGCGCCCGGACUUCGCAUGAAUACCUUGUACCCGUACCCGAAAUUGGAGUGAUGACAGAGACUUACGCAUACGGCGUCGGAGCGGCUCCCGAGGCGGCAAGAGCGACGACAACGAGAAGACAGGAGCGGGAGGAAGACGAUGACCAGAAGAUAGUAAUCGCAGAGGAUCCAGGGCUCCAGUUCACCCGCGAGACCUGGUGGGACGCCCUGCUCAGUCUCUACGCCCAUCGGGACGGCGGCGGCGGCGAUCCGUUCGACGUGACACUCACCAUCCCCGCCGACGUCCGCGAGACGGCGACGCAAAAUAUCACGGCGGACCUGCGGUCGAUCUUCCACACCUCGCCGCACUGGCUCAGCUUCCUCAACCUGCCGCGGUUCUUCGGGGCGCUGCUCGACCCCCGCACGCGCGACGGCGUGCAGCCGAGCCUGAUCCUGGGGGCGCUGGCGCUGGCGACGUUCUUGAAGAGCCACGAGAUGGAGCUGGGGGCGGCGGGGAGGGCGCGGUCGCUGAGGUUGAGGGACCAGGCGCAGAGCGCGCUGGAGGCGAGCUUGAACUCGCGCUGGCUGGACCACAGCCUCGUCCAGGCCGCAUGGCUGCUCGCGUUCUUCGAGGUGUGCGCGCACCCGCUGCACUCGACCGCGCGCGUGCGGUCGUCGAUGGGCCUGCUGGACUCGCUGAUCCGGAGCAUGAAGCUGAUGUCGCUCGACGCGGAAGAUCCCCGGGCGACGGCGUUCGCGUCGAGCGUCCCCGCCGUCCCCGCCGAAGAUCACGACCGGUUGGCGGCGGGGGUCCCGGAGGGCAGACAGGGAAGCGGGUGCCACUGCGCGAGGUUCACGCUGGGCCACACGUGGCCGAUGGUGCGGGAGUUCGCGCCGCUGUGGAACAUGACGCCGACGUGGCAGAGCUCGUGGACGGAGGCGGACAUCCGGAAGGAGGAGUGCCGGCGGCUGGUGUGGAGCAGCGUCGGGCUCACGGCGAGCCACAGCUCGUACACGGCCGCGGGGGAGGAGAUGGAGACCCAGCAGAUGUUUUUGAUGGAUCCGCGCAACUGCCGUCUCCUCUUCCCCGGCGAGUCCCUCACCCACGCCGACGACGCCCCCGCGGUGCCUCCACCGGACAAGGAGUCGGUCUGGGCGCUGCAGGUGCGCACGAUGCUCCUCUGGAACUCGUGCGUCCGCCUGCGCGCCGAGCCCGACGCGCUCGCCGACGCGGACAAGACGCGGUUCGCGGCCGCGGCGUGGGCGGAGGCGGAGGCGAUCGAGGACGCGCUGGGCGCGCACGCGUGCGGGAUCGAGCGCGCGUACCUCUUCCAGGGCCGGGAGCUGCUGUUCAACGCGCGGACGUUCAUCGCGUACGAGCUCCAGGAGUGGUUGCCGCGGACGACGGUGGAAGCGCACCUGGUCUUCUACCGGCGCAAGGCCGAGGAAUGGCUCACCAGCCAGGCCAUGCUCGCCCAGCGCCUGCUCAACGCCGGCCUUCACGUCGUCACCGGCCUGCCCUCGUCCGACCUCGCCCGGCGCCCGUUCUUCCUCUUCUGGUUCAUGUCCCAGAUCGAGCGCGCGCUGCGGCUGUGGGCGUACGACCGCUCGCUCGUUCUGUCGCUCGAAGUCGCGAAGGCGCUCUCCCGCCCGGUUCAAUACCUCAUGACGCUGUGGCCGUGUCCAGAACAGCAGCGUCGCUGGAGCGACCUGCGCGACAAGCUUAACGGCUCGUGCUAUGCCGCCUCGGUACCCGGCCUGUCGCCCUAUAUCUCACCGUUGGACGAGCUCCCUCACGUCCCGCCCUCCGGCUUGUGA